AGCGGAAGUGCAGCUCUUAUUUCCGGUUGUUGUGUUAGCUGAUGUGGAUGUGAUUUUUGAUGCGUUCCGCUGGUGUUGGUUCGGUUCGUUUACGACCGUUUCGGCUCACCAUCCUCGGCAUCAGCAAAGUGUGAAGGACCGCUGAAACCGCUGUGGAGGAGGAAUCAUGGCCGCUCCUGCUCUCUCCAGUCGUGCCGGCUCGGCUGGAAGCCUCGGGAACAGCCCCACCAUGGCCGCCGCCGGCAGACUGCCCCACGGCAGCAGCGGCGUCGGCCCCGAGUUGGACUUCAGGUCAGCAUCCCGUAUGGAGGAUCUGAACCGGCUCAUCCAGGAGUUCAGCAAGCACGACCAGCGCGAGUACGACGACCAACGGGCCCUGGAGAUACACACGGCCAAGGACUUCAUCUUUUCUAUGCUGGGAAUGGUCCAAAAGCUGGACCAGAAGCUGCCUGUGGCCAACGAGUACCUGCUGCUGUCGGGCGGUGUGCGCGAGGGUGUGGUGGACAUGGACCCGGAUGAGCUGAGCGUGUACGCACGCGGUGCCGACUACGACAUGGACUUCACGCUGCUGGUGCCGGCACUCAAGCUGCAUGACCGCAAUCAGCCAGUUACGCUGGACAUGAGACACUCAGCACUGGGACACUCCUGGCUCAGCCUCCGCCUCUUUGACGAGGGCACCAUCAGCAAGUGGAAGGACUGCUGCACGGUGGUGGAACACAUCAGCGGAGCUGCAAACUACUUCUUCUCGCCGACGUUGGUGGCUGACUGGUUCUACCAGGCCGUCUCGCUGGUGCUUCUGGAGGUGCAGAAGAAGCCGCAGAGGGGUGUUCCCCGCGUGGAAAAGGUGGAGCGCAACGGCACCGUGGUGUCGGUCAUUCUAGGUGUUGGCAGCAGCCGCAUGCUCUACGACGUUGUGCCUGUGGUGUCCUUCAAAGGCUGGCCGGCCGUGGCCCAGAGCUGGCUGAUGGAGAACCACUUCUGGGAUGGUAAGAUCACAGAGGAGGAGGUUAUCAGCGGCUUCUACUUGGUCCCAGCUUGCUCGCAUAAGGGCCGACGGGAGAAUGAGUGGCGGCUGUCGUUCGCCCGCAGCGAGGUGCAACUGAAGAAGUGCAUCUCGCCUGGCCUCAUGCAAGCUUACCAGGCGUGUAAGGCCAUCAUCGUCAAGCUGCUGUCACGCCCCAAGGCGGUGAGCCCCUACCACCUGCGCAGCGUCAUGCUGUGGGCCUGCGACCGGCUGCCCGCCAACUACCUGACGCAGGACGACUUCUCCGCCCACUUCCUGCUAGGUCUGAUCGACGACCUGCAGCACUGCUUGGUCAACAAGACGUGCCCCAAUUAUUUUAUCCCGCAGUGCAACAUGCUGGAGCACCUCUCAGAUGACACCGCCGUGCUGCAUGCCCGCAAGCUGUCCUCGGUGCGCUCCGAUCCGGCUGAGCACCUGCGCACCACCAUCGAGCAUGCCAAGGCCGCCAACAGGUUGACGGUGGAGCUCCAGUGGCGCGGCAGCACCGGCAACCUGCCAUCGCCGCAGUCGGAUGCCGGCGGAGAGAAUCAGCCGGACGACCGCUUGGCCAAGAAGCUCCAGCAACUGGUCACGGAGAACCCCGGGAAGUCCAUUUCGGUCUUCAUCAACCCAGAUGAUGUCACGCGGCCACACUUCCGCAUAGAUGACAAGUUCUUCUAAAAUUCUUUUUUUUUUUGCCCCGAGUUGUUUAUGUUCCCUUUGUCACACUGUCAAGUCAUCUGUCUAUUGUGUAGUCUUCUGAGUUCCCCUCACUCGCUGUAUGCUUACCUGCUGGAGGCCUUCAGAAUGACAUCCACAAAGCCACCCGAAGGACUCUGGAUGUCCGCUCUGCUUUCAGUCUGAAAUUCACAAAUCUACCUGGUGAAAUCCACCUAAAGACAUUCACCGAAAGAAAUCUACACGGACAUUUACCCGAAGAUGUCGACCGGGAGAAAUAGACCAGGAGUCAUCCACCCAAAGAAAACGGCACCGAGUUGGUCCCCCGGAUUGACCACCCUGAGUGAUCCGCCUGGUGUCGGCCAACCCAAGUCAACCACGUCGUGGCCCCAAAGGCACACAACUUCAGACAUUGAGCUGCUGACACCCACCCAUAGGAAUCCAACUGAACGAAUUUUGUAAGAAAAUUCAGGUGGAAAACUCGAUCCGGAGACAUUCACUUGCAGGAAUCCUCCGAAAAAUCCACCUGGAAAAAUGAAACUUUAGAAAUAGCCUUGGAGAGAUUGACUUGGUGUCAUCCAACUGGAGGAGUCCCCUCAGAGAAUUCUUCCAAGAGGAAUCAAGCAGGACAAAUCACUUUGAAAGAUCAACGCGGAGACAUCCACCUUGAGGAAUCCUCCAAGAGACAUCCACCUGGACAAUUCCACCUCUAAAAAUCAACCUAGAGAAGUUGCCUAGGAGACGUCCGCCCUGAGACAUGUGCCCAGAGGAAUCCACUUGGAAGCAUCCGGUCUGAAGAAUCCACCAGGGCGUGUUGCUGCGAAAUGGCACCAAGCUGUCCGGCAGAAAAAAAAAAGGUCCCAUCUUCAUCAAGUUGCUAUGUGUUCACCCAUCAGGACCAGAUCACGAUGCACGUAUGUCAGCUCAUCAGAGCAACAAAUAUUAUACACUUUUUGCACAGCGUGGUAUUCCGUGUGGCCCUUUUGUGGGGAGAAAAAAAAUAGCUUGUGCUUUACAACGCACACGUAAAAUAGGUAAGCGUUAAACUGGUAAGCUCAAAAGUGAAAAUAUUCUCAAACUUUUUUAUGAGAAAAUAAUGAGCUCAAAAGAUUCCUCAGACCAAUGGCAAGUGUGUUUUACUUGUAGCCUGGGACACUUAUGAUCACAGUUAGAUCAUGUAUUUGUUACAAACUGAAUGUGACACAAUGCGUGAAUGUAACAUCAGAUGCUACAUUUUCAACUUAAUUGGCCUCCACGUGUAGCAGUGCGACAAAUUUCAACCCCCCCCCCCCCCCCCCUUUUAAUUCCACAUUGGAACAGCAGCCAGAUUGUCACUGUGAAGCUUUUUUUCACUGUACGAUUGUCAACGAGCAGUUGAGGACAGUACUCAAAUGUAAAUAAUCCCAAGAAGCCAGUAAAAUGAUGACUACUGCUUAUCAUGUCAUUCUUAUUUUGCACAAAAUGUAAAAAGCACCAACCACACUCCUCUUGAUUGUAGAUGCACGCUAGUGAGCCAUGGUGCUAAAUACGCUACUUAGUUUGUAUGAUGGGUGAUGAGUGUUGGCAUGUGUGUCAUUGCAUGUUUUUGUUGGUACGUGUGUUGGCAUAUGUGUGUGUCGGCGCCAAUGUGCGAGUGAGUGUCUCUUCGCGCAUGUACAGUAUGCUAAUAUGUUUGCAUGUGUGUUAGUGACUUUGUCCAAGCGCAUUAUUGUGUAUGUUAGUGCGUGUGUCUGUUAGCGUGCGUGUGUGUGUGUGUGUGUGUGUGUCUGUGUGUGUGUCUGUGUGUGUGUGUGUGUGUGUUUGUGUGUGUGUGCGUGUGUGUGUGUGUAAACCUGAGUGGUAGUACGUAUUGUUGGAGUGAGUGUUCAUGCACGCGUGUGUUUGUGUGUGUCUGUUUGUGUAACUCUUGGCAUUGUGUUCGUUAGUGUGCGUGUGUGUUAGCGCGUGGUUGCGAGUGAGCGCCUUGGCCGAUGUAUGUUAAGUGUGUUGGCGCGUGUGUAUGGUCGCGUGUGUUGUCAUGUGGGUUUGUUAGUGUGUGUGUGUGUGUGCGUGUGUGCGCGUGUGCGUGUGCGUGUGUGUUGUCAUAUGAGGGUGUCUGCAGGUAGGUGUGUUAUGAUGCAUGUUUGAGUGCGUGAGGAUGUGUUAGCAUGCCGGUGUGUGAACAAAUGUGUUUUUGUUCUUCAGUGUGUGGCUAUGUGAGUGAGCGUGUUUUUGUGUGUUGUCGCAUGUGUGCGUGUGUUCGGCCGAGGAGACGCAGCAGGUGCGCGGCCACAUUAUGACUGACACUACAGAACCAACAACGUUCCCGCCUAGUGACACCAUUUGUAACUGAUAACCAAUUAAAAAGUAGUCUUUCACUGUUUUUUUUGUGUUUGUAAAUAGGGCUCUUUUUAAAAAAUGACACAUUAGCUGGUUUGACUUGCAAGUCAUUGAGUGCUGCUGUCCUGCUUGAGUUAUAUGUCAACCCAUGCCAACACAACCGAUUCAAAAGAUCAGCUCCAAACAGCGGCUUUAGAGAACUGGAGUUGCGCAUUCAUGGUCUAAAUGCUGAAAACCUUUUGUGAGCGAGACCAGACAAGAUACAGAGUGUCAUAAAGCCAGCAUCGGCAUAUUGACUUUAUUGCGGAAUCUUUUCAUUGCAGGAUACAUGUUUUUGCAUUUUGGAACAGGAAUGAAUUGAAUUUCAAACUCUGUUUACCUCUUUAUAUUCAGUGGUACGUUGACUGAAGAGUGCCCCAAUUUCAGAGUAUUUCCAGGUACGAGUCGUCGCUUGAUUGAUUCAUUCAUUCAUCUUUGUGUUACGGGCCAACAUUUGAGUUGCGAUUGAGCUUCAGAUAUGCUGCCGCUUGAUUGAAAAUUUAGCAAUUUAGGUACUUUAGUUGCAUGAAUACUUUGAAGUACGAAGUCAAGACACUACUGCAUUCAAAAGAUGCUGUUAGAUAAAGUGUCUUGAUGUCACAUCGCUUCCUACUAGUGGCCUGGAAUGCACAUUACACUCAUGGUGGUUUUCAAGAAACUUUUUUGAAGCUGCCUCCCCUUUCUCACACGAAUGGUAAACACAGCAGGAUUGGCUUUUAUGCAAACACCGGAGCUCAGCUUUGAUUGUAUGCCCGAUCCCGGUUUUACCGCCGCAUCUCGUACCCGCUCUCUUCAGCACUCAGGUUUGAAAAUCUGCUGCAUUGUGACAGAAUGUUCCUUCGAGAUAACGUGCACUAAUCACUCCUCUUUUGUGGUGUUGUUUUUUUGGGGGUGGUUGCACUGCUGCAGCUACAAAUCACUUUUGUAUGUUUUAUUGUAUUUGCUCCAUAAUGUCAUAUCUGCUGUAUAUUGUGGACUUUGUAAAUUCACUUAUGUUGAGCCUCGAUGACCUGAUAUUUUUUUUACGUUAAUAUAUUUUGUGCUUAUUGGUUGUCUUUUUUUUUUUUAUUCGCUAUUGUCAUUCUCUUCGAUGCAACCAGCUCGGCAGUCCCCGAUAUUGUGUCCUGUGUAUUAUUUAAUACACUCAUAUGUGCAAGGUCCAGCAUUGCAAAUUUUUGAUAACAAGAGUUUAAUAUCAUCCUUGUGCAUUUUAAAGAUAAAAAUCGAAUUCAAUUAAUGUGACUCAAGUAACGAUUAUUUCUUACAGUCUAGUUGAGGGGUGGGUAGAUUUUUAGGCUCAUUUGAUUUUAAAAACAGAUUGGCAUUUGUGUAAAAAUAUACGGUAAUGUAUAAUUCAAAGUUUUUAUCAUAUUUCCUAUUAAUAUUACAAUAAUAAUAAUAAUAAUAAUAAUACACACCCAAGGACACUUUACAAUAACAAAAAACGCAAAACAAUUGACCAAUUAUCAAAUUUAAAAAGUAAAUAGACAAUUGUAAAUGUUACGAAUAGUUAUGUAAUUAAACAAACUAUUGAAUGAGGUUUAUUAAUUAAAACCAAUUAAUUAAUUUAAGGACAUCUAAAUGAAUGCAGCAAAUAUUGCAAGAUUCUUGAUAAUAAAAAAAAAAAGCUUCCUGGGCUGUAUUAAUACAAUAAAUUGAUUGCCUGUCCUCGAUCAAGUUGGUCAAACUGAAUUGUAUUCAUCAUGGUUAUGACCAUACAAAAUUAAAUUACACCCUUUACACUGUUAGCUGCAGUAUAACGCUGCGUUAUAGCAAAGCAUCACAGUAGUAGUCCUUCCCGAGCUGGGUGUUUGGAACACAAUUUGUGUAACUUUUUCCUUUGCCGUUUGUGUUGUGAAAAGGCUGAAUCGUUUCCAUCCUAUUAACAAUGCAAAAAAAAAAAAAAAAGAAAA